GUCCGCGCCAGCCCGGGACGCGCUCGGCCCUGCUCGCGCCCGCUCGCCUCGUCUCGCCCGGCCUCCCCACGUCGCCUCCUCGCCUGUUCCGCGCCAGGCAUGGCCCCCAGCACCGUGGCCGUGGAGCUGCUCAGCCCCAAAGAGAAAAACCGACUGCGGAAACCGGUGGUGGAGAAGAUGCGCCGCGACCGCAUCAACAGCAGCAUCGAGCAGCUGAAGCUGCUGCUGGAGCAGGAGUUCGCGCGGCACCAGCCCAACUCCAAGCUGGAGAAGGCCGACAUCCUGGAGAUGGCUGUCAGCUACCUGAAGCACAGCAAAGCCUUCGUCGCCGCCGCCGGCCCCAAGAGCCUGCACCAGGACUACAGCGAAGGCUACUCGUGGUGCCUGCAGGAGGCCGUGCAGUUCCUGACGCUCCACGCCGCCAGCGACACCCAGAUGAAGCUGCUGUACCACUUCCAGCGGCCCCCGGUCGCGCCCGCCGCGCCCGCCAAGGAGCCCAAGGCGCCGGGAGCCGCGCCCCCGCCCGCGCUGUCUGCCAAGGCCACCGCCGCCGCCGCGCGCCAGCCCGCCUGCGGCCUCUGGCGGCCCUGGUGACCCGGCGGGACGUGCGGGCGCGCGGCCCGAGGACCAGAGGGAGAGCCUGCUCCUCUCGCCCGUAGGGAAGCGCCUUACCGCCGUCGUCCGCCCCGGGCUUGGACGCGCCCUUCUCCGGAAGGCUCCGGCCCCAAGCUGGCCGGCCCGCAGGAGCCCCAUUCUCAGAGAAUGUGUGUGCAGAGUCCCUGCCGUUUUAGGACAAUCAGGGCCCAUCUUCUGCCGAGUGUCUGACCCCAUGGGGUUGUUCUGUGUUUGCAUUUAAGCAAGUGACUUCUGGGAAGUCCCCGGCCGCCCGGGGUUCUAUGAUAUUUGUAGUGCCGGGGCUCGCACACUGGUGCCCCCAGCCUGUAGAGGACUUUCUUCAGGGCCCGUAGCUGCUGGGCGCACCCCUGGCAGGCGGGCUGUGCCGCGGGCACAUUUGCCUUUUGUGAAGGCCGAACUCGAGCUGUAUCCUCAUAGGAAACAGUGAUCACCCCGGACGGGCGUCCAGGACCCUGAGGGCCAUGGCCAAAAGGCUCCGAGUGUGCCCGGUGGUCUGGCUGGGGCUCACGGUGGGCUGUCUGGGGAGGGUGGGUGCCUCCACUAUGAUCCUUAAAGGAUUCCUCUGUGUGGGUGGAUGCGUGUGGGCACGACUUUGUACUCAGAAAUUGAACUCUCGGUCACGUGGAAGCCACGGGACCGCUCUGAAGCCGCUAAUAAAAUCUGACUGUUCAGCCCCC